AUGGAUAAUGGCGCAGCCCGCAAUGCGGAAUUCGCACCGGCCGACAGCUUAUCCAAUCGAACACGCUCCGCCAGCUCGACCAGCAACCACAAACGCAGCCUCUCAGGCUCCCUCCUCUCCCGCCUUUCUUUCCUACGCAUGAACCAAUCCAAACCAGGCACUGACACAAUGGAUCAAGAUGGAGAUACAGAGGAUGUCCCCUCCAACAUGCCACAGAUCAACAGCGAAGCGUCGGAACGCGGAAAGGCCAUGGCAGCCGUGAUCCAACAACAACGAAGGACAAGGCGGCGGCGUGGCUCUUUGCGCAAAACAGCACUACUAGGGACAAGGCUUGAGUCGAGAGAUAAAAGGAUUAUCAGCAAGAGUGCUGAGGCCAUUCGUACCGAAACACCGCGGUUUCAGGGAGAGGGUACUUUGCCUGCGCCGCGCUCUUCAAAAGGAACUAUUAUUUCCACCAUUGAGCCGACUACGGAUUUCUCUGCUGGUUUUGAAGACGAUGCUGAGGACACGAGUCAGAGCCAGGGUCAGGGCCAGAGCCAACCGAGCUGGUUCCGCGCCAGCUCUGCUUUGAGAGUUCCGCGUCCGACUGUUGCAAGGAGACGUCAGGGUCUCGCGCAACAUACAUCUAACAACAAUGACCUUGGCGAAGAAACAGCCACCGAUGACGAAGACCUUGUUUCCUUUCCACGAAUUAAUACCGCGAAUAAUUCCUCCGCGACAGGGACUACGAGCUCUACGAAGUCCGCCGCUACAGGCCUCCACAUUUCUCCUCCUUCCUCUAGCCCCGACUCCUAUUACCCCCUCCAACCAGAUACAGCCUAUCGACCCGUUCAUCGUGCCAAGUCCUCUCCUCUAGCAACACAUUCCGUCGAAGUCCAAAGCGGCACAGAUAUAACGUGGGAUUACUCCGAAACAGAAUGGUGGGGCUGGAUCAUACUCAUGGUGACAUGGCUUGUUUUCGUUGUUGGAAUAGGCAGCUGCUUUGAAGUUUGGAGUUGGGCAUGGGAUGUAGGAGAGACACCUUAUGCACCGCCGGAAUUGGAGGAUGAUCCUACGUUGCCCAUUGUUGGGUAUUAUCCUGCAUUAAUUAUACUUACGGCUGUUAUGUCGUGGGUUUGGGUUGUUGUUGCUUGGGUUGGCAUGAAAUACUUUAAACAUGCGAAUAUAUCUGGGGAUGAUAGUUGA